AUGGCGCUGCUGGUGCGGGAUCCGCUGGCUGUGCGGGCGCGGCCCUGGCCGCUGCCCCCCGGCGGCGGAUCCGUGCGUGGCCUUCUCCGCGAUCGCGCUCGGGCGGUGAAUAUUCCUGAAGAAAGUUUGUAUGUGAAAUGUAACGGGCAACUGGUUAAUGAUGAAGAUACAUUGCAGAAUGGAGCUGUUUAUAGUCUGGAACCAAGACUUUGUGGUGGAAAAGGAGGGUUUGGAUCUAUGCUGCGAGCACUUGGUGCUCAGAUUGAAAAGACAACAAAUAGAGAGGCUUGCCGUGAUCUCAGUGGAAGGAGGCUUCGAGAUGUCAAUCAUGAAAAAGCGAUGGCUGAAUGGGUAAAGCAGCAAGCAGAACGGGAAGCAGACAAGGAGCAAAGGCGCUUGGAAAGGCUGCAGCGGAAACUUGCAGAGCCAAAGCACUUUACCACAAAUCCAGACUACCAGCAGCAGUAUCAUGAAAUGUCUGAGCGGCUAGAAGAUUCAGUCCUUAAAGGAUUGCAGGCUAUUUCAAGCAAAACAGUGUCACCGCAAAGUGGCGGCAGUCGGAAGCGUCCAGGUGAACCUGGAAAGAAUGGAACAAAAUCUCGAAAAAGAAAAUGUUUUUGGCUGGGAUUGGAAGGAUUGGAUGAUUGUGACAGUUCAGAUUCUGAGAAUGACAGUGAAGAUGAUUCCCCUCAUGCAUCUGACGGAAGUUGUCCAUCAAGCAGCAGAUGCAAUGAAAAUCCUGGAAGUUCAAAUGAAUGUUCAAGCAGCUCUGUGGAUUUGGUAAAGGACAGUCCAGCUACCAGUGCGGCUGAGAAACCACUGGAGCAGCCAGAAGGUGCUAGAAGAUAUCUGCAAGGAGAGACACACACAGGUGGACAGACUGAAAUUCCAGCUGAAGAAAACAGUAAAAUGAUAAAGCCCCUGAAGGAAGAGGCUCAAGAAAAGAAUGAGGUAACCCAAGCUCUGAAAGAAGAGCAAGGAAGUGUUUUUUCUAAGGCACAGGAAACGUACCAGUUACAGAGCACAGAGGUGGAACCAAUAGACCUGCUGGUGUUCAACUCUGCUGCUGAACUGGAAGCUCUGGGUUUAGAUAAACUGAAGAUGGAAUUGAUGUCUUUGGGACUGAAAUGUGGAGGCACUUUAAAGGAGAGAGCAGUAAGGCUUUUUUCAGUGAGAGAUGGAAAGAAAUAACCUGGAUGUUUUCUGGAAAAUGGUUGUAUUACUAUCAUCACCUAUUUUAAGAAAAGCAAUCCUUUUUUAGCUUUAUAUUGAAUCUCAAUGUGUAUUCCAGUUAGCACAGUUACAACUGUCAAGUGA